UCGCCGCCCCCCCGCCGCACGGCCAUUCCGUGCCGAGCUCCGGCCCGAGACGCACCGUCUUGCCCGUCCGUCGCUCCGUCCCUGGGCACCAGGCGGCACCACCACGGUCUCUGUCGGUCCGGAGAGGAUCCUGUGCCUUUAAUCCCGGGCCCAACCCACCCAGCGCCGGGGUCCCACCCACACCCAAGCCCAGCCGUUAUAAUGAGCGGCUCUCAAACGCGGCUCCAUCAGGCCGCAGGAGCGGGAGGCGUCGGUGGAGGAGCAGGCGGGAGCCAGGGGGAGGUCGCUGCCGAAAUGCCGGCCACCGAGAAGGACCUGGCCGAGGACGCGCCCUGGAAGAAAAUCCAGCAGAACACCUUCACUCGCUGGUGCAACGAGCACCUCAAAUGCGUCAACAAGCGCAUCGCCAACUUGCAGACGGACUUGGGCGACGGGCUGCGCCUCAUCGCGCUGCUCGAAGUGCUGAGUCAGAAGAAGAUGGGGCGCAAGUACAAUACGCGCCCCACUUUCCGGCAGAUGCAGCUAGAGAACGUGUCGGUGGCGCUGGAGUUCCUUGAGAGGGAGAACAUCAAACUGGUCUCUAUUGACAGCAAAGCUAUUGUGGAUGGAAACCUCAAGCUGAUCCUGGGCCUCAUCUGGACACUGAUCCUGCACUACUCCAUCUCAAUGCCCAUGUGGGAUGAGGAAGAUGACGAGGAGGCCAAGAAGCAAACCCCUAAACAGCGACUUUUGGGUUGGAUCCAAAACAAACUGCCCCAGCUGCCCAUCACAAACUUCAGCAAGGACUGGCAGAGUGGCCGGGCGCUUGGAGCGCUGGUGGACAGCUGUGCUCCAGGUUUGUGCCCUGACUGGGAUUCGUGGGAUGCUAGCAAGCCUGUCAACAAUGCCCGAGAGGCUAUGCAGCAAGCCGAUGACUGGUUGGGCAUCCCACAGGUGAUCACUCCUGAAGAGAUUGUGGAUCCCAAUGUGGAUGAACACUCCGUCAUGACAUACCUCUCUCAGUUCCCCAAAGCCAAACUAAAGCCAGGAGCCCCCCUGAGGCCCAAGCUGAACCCCAAGAAAGCCAGAGCUUAUGGGCCAGGCAUUGAGCCCACUGGCAACAUGGUGAAGAAGAAGGCUGAAUUCACAGUAGAAACCAUCAGUGCUGGCCAGGGAGAAGUGCUGGUAUAUGUUGAGGAUCCUGCUGGGCAUCGUGAAGAAGCGAAAGUGAUUGCCAACAAUGACAAGAACCGGACAUUCUCAGUGUGGUAUGUGCCAAAGGUGACGGGCAUCCACAAGGUGACGGUUCUGUUUGCCGGACAGCACAUAGCCAAGAGCCCCUUUGAGGUGAACGUGGACAAAGCGCAGGGUGAUGCCAGCAGGGUCACUGCCCAGGGCCCAGGCCUGGAGCCCACCGGCAACAUUGCCAACAAGACCACCUACUUUGAGAUCUUCACCGCUGGGGCAGGUGUUGGCGAGGUUGAGGUCAUCAUCCAAGAUCCUACGGGCAAGAAAGGGACGGUCGAGCAGCAACUGGAAGAUAAAGGCAACAGCACAUACCGCUGCACCUACAAGCCCACGCUGGAGGGCACCUACACCAUCUACAUCACCUUUGGGGGGCUUCCCAUCCCUCGCAGCCCCUACACAGUCACUGUGGGCCAGGCAUGUAACCCCAAUGCCUGCCGGGCUGUGGGCAGAGGCCUGCAACCAAAGGGUGUCCGGGUGAAGGAGACGGCGGACUUCAAGGUCUACACCAAAGGCGCUGGCAGUGGGGAGCUCAAGGUUACAGUCAAAGGGCCAAAAGGACUAGAGGAACGUGUCAAGCAGAAGGACCUGGGUGACGGAGUAUAUGGCUUUGAGUACUUUCCCACUGUGCCUGGCAACUACACGGUCACCAUCACUUGGGGUGGGCAACACAUUCCCCGCAGCCCAUUUGAGGUCAAAGUGGGAACAGAAUGCACAAACCAGAAGGUGCGCGCCUGGGGGCCAGGCUUGGAAGGAGGCGUCGUGGGCAAGUCGGCUGAUUUUGUGGUGGAAGCCAUUGGGGAUGACGUUGGCACAUUAGGCUUCUCAGUGGAGGGCCCCUCACAGGCCAAGAUCGAGUGCGAUGACAAGGGAGAUGGUUCCUGCGAUGUCCGCUACUGGCCCCAGGAGCCAGGUGAAUAUGCGGUCCAUGUGCUCUGCAACAACGAAGAUAUCACACUCAGCCCCUUCAUGGCAGAAGUCAAAGCUGCUCCCAAGGACUUCCACCCAGAGAAGGUUAAAGCCCAUGGGCCUGGCUUAGAGAAGGCAGGUGUUGCAGUCAACAAACCCGCAGAGUUCACCGUGGAUGCAAAGAGUGGUGGGAAAGCACCACUCAAGGUGCAAGUGCAGGACUCUGAAGGAUCCCCUGUGGAUGUCUCUGUGAAGGACAAUGGCAAUGGCACGUACAGCUGCUCCUACCUGCCCAAGAAGCCGGUGAAGCACACAGCUAUGGUAUCAUGGGGAGGAGUCAACAUCCCUAACAGCCCAUAUAGGGUGAACGUUGGAGCUGGCAGUCAUCCCAACAAAGUGAAAGUGUAUGGACCUGGUGUGGCAAAGACGGGCUUGAAGGCUCAUGAGCCAACUUACUUUACAGUAGACUGCACAGAAGCUGGGCAGGGUGAUGUAAGCAUUGGCAUAAAGUGUGCACCAGGAGUUGUGGGCCCAGCUGAAGCAGACAUAGACUUUGACAUCAUCCGAAAUGACAACGACACCUUCACAGUCAAGUAUACACCCCGUGGUGCUGGCAGCUACACAAUCAUGGUGCUUUUUGCUGACCAGGCCACUCCCACCAGUCCGAUCCGAAUCAAGGUGGAUCCCUCACAUGAUGCCAGCAAGGUCAAAGCUGAAGGACCUGGCCUCAGCAGGAGUGGUGUAGAGAUUGGCAAACCAACCCACUUCACAGUCAAUGCCAAGCCAGCAGGCAAGGCCAAGCUGGAUGUCCAAUUCACGGGUCCGAGCAAGGGAGAUGUUGUAAGAGAUUCUGAAAUAAUUGAUCACCAUGAUAACACCUAUACUGUCAAAUACACACCUGUGCAACAGGGUAAUAUUGGAGUGAAUGUAACAUAUGGAGGAGACCACAUUCCCAAAAGUCCUUUUACUGUGGGAGUGGCGCCCACGCUGGACCUCAGCAAGAUCAAGAUCUCUGGACUUGGAGACAAAGUGGAAGUGGGCAAAGACCAGGAAUUCACCGUAAAAUCCAAAGGUGCUGGAGGCCAAGGUAAAGUGGCAGCCAAGAUCACUGGCCCCACCAGCAAGCCUGUGCCUUGUAAGGUGGAACCAGGCCUCAGCUCGGACAACAGUGUGGUGAAGUUCAUCCCCCGGGAAGAGGGACCCUAUGAAGUGGAUGUGACCUAUGAUGGCGUGCCUGUCCCAGGUAGCCCUUUCCCUGUGGAGGCUGUACCUCCCACCAAUCCUUCCAAGGUGAAGGCCUAUGGACCAGGCCUGAAAGGUGGCUUGGCUGGCUCCCCUGCCCCCUUUACCAUCGAUACCAAAGGGGCUGGAAAUGGAGGCCUUGGCCUGACAGUGGAGGGCCCUUGCGAGGCCAAGAUAGAAUGCCUGGACAAUGGGGAUGGGACCUGUUCAGUCUCCUACCUGCCCACCGAGCCGGGCGAGUACAACAUCAACAUCCUCUUUGCCGACACCCACGUGCCUGGCUCGCCCUUCAAAGCCAAGGUGGUGCCAGGCUUUGACCCCUCUAAAGUGAAGUGCUCCGGACCAGGGCUGGAACACGCCACGGUGGGGCAGGCAGGCGAGUUCAGCGUGGACUGCUCCAGUGCUGGGAGCGCGGAGCUCACCAUUGAGAUCAUCUCGGAAAGUGGCACGCAGGCAGAGGUCCAUGUGCGGGACAAUGGUGAUGGCACGUAUACCAUAACAUACAUCCCUCUCUGCCCUGGCGUCUAUACCAUCACCAUCAAGUAUGGUGGGCAGCCUGUACCGAACUUCCCCAGUAAGCUCAACGUGGAGCCAGCAGUGGACACCUCUGGUGUGAAAGUCUACGGGCCUGGAGUAGAAGGCAAAGGGGUGUUCCGUGAGGCCACCACAGAGUUCAAUGUGGAUGCCCGGACCCUGACUAAGGCUGGAGGUCCUCAUAUCAAAACCAGAGUGUCCAACCCCUCAGGAAACCUGACAGAGAGCUACGUGCGUGACAAUGGGGAUGGAACCUACGUCGUGGAGUAUACUCCCUAUGAAGAUGGUGUUCACUCUAUUGACGUGACCUAUGAUGGCAGCCCUGUGCCCAGUAACCCCUUCCGUGUCCCAGUAACAGAAGGAUGUGACCCCACAAGGGUUCGAGUACAUGGCCCGGGCAUUCAGAGUGGGACAACCAAUAAGCCCAACAAAUUCACUGUGGAGACCAGGGGUGCAGGUACUGGUGGUCUGGGCCUAGCAGUGGAAGGUCCUUCUGAAGCCAAGAUGUCAUGCACCGACAACAAAGAUGGCAGCUGCUCCGUAGAAUACAUCCCCUAUGAACCGGGUACCUACAACCUCAACGUCACAUACGGUGGCCAUCAAGUGCCAGGGAGCCCAUUCAAAGUUCCAGUUCACGAUGUGGUGGAUUCCUCUAAGGUCAAGUGUUCAGGCCCUGGUCUGACUCCAGGUGUUGUCAGAGCCAAUGUACCACAGUCCUUCACCGUGGACACCAGCAAGGCAGGUGUGGCACCCCUCCAGGUCAAAGUUCAAGGCCCAAAAGGGGUGGUUGAGCCUGUAGACAUAGUGGAUAAUGCAGAUGGGACUCAGACUGCAAGCUAUGUGCCAAGCCGAGAGGGUCCAUACAGCAUUGCUGUGCGCUAUGGAGAUGAGGAGGUGCCACGCAGCCCAUUCAAGGUCAAGGUUCUACCUACUCAUGAUGCCAGCAAAGUGAAGGCCAGUGGUCCAGGGCUGAACACUACAGGUGUGCCAGCCAGUCUACCCGUGGAGUUUACAAUUGAUGCAAAAGAUGCUGGAGAGGGUUUGUUGGCUGUCCAGAUCACGGAUCCUGAGGGCAAGCCCAAAAAAGCCACCAUCCGGGACAACCAGGAUGGUACCUACACUGUGUCAUAUGUCCCUGACAUGACUGGCCGCUACACCAUCCUCAUCAAGUAUGGUGGGGACGAGAUCCCUUACUCGCCUUACCGCAUCCGUGCCCUGCCCACUGGCGAUGCCAGCAAAUGUACAGUGACAGUGUCGAUUGGAGGUCAUGGGCUAGGAGCUGGCAUUGGCCCCACCAUCCAGAUUGGCGAGGAGACGGUGAUCACUGUGGACGCCAAGGCGGCUGGGAAGGGCAAGGUGACUUGCACGGUGUGUACUCCGGAUGGCACUGAGGUGGACGUGGAUGUGGUGGAGAACGAGGAUGGCACCUUUGACAUCUUUUACACAGCUCCUCAGCCCGGCAAAUACGUCAUCUGUGUGCGCUUUGGAGGAGAGCAUAUCCCCAACAGUCCGUUCCAGGUUACGGCCCUGGAUGGUGAGCGCCCGACCCCCCAGCAGAUGGCCCAGCCGAUGCGUGCCCCACCCUACGCCUAUCCACCUGGUGCACAACAGCCCUGGGGACCAGCAGUAACAGCAACAGAUCGUCCUGUCAAUGGUCUGGAUGCCGGACUGCGACCCUUCGACUUGGUUAUCCCAUUUACCAUCAAGAAAGGAGAGAUCACAGGAGAGGUGCACAUGCCUUCUGGCAAGGUGGCAAAGCCAGACAUCACGGACAAUAAGGAUGGCACAGUGACCGUGCGCUAUGCUCCUACAGAAGCUGGCUUGCAUGAGAUGGACAUCCGUUAUGACAAUAUGCACAUCCCAGGCAGCCCCUUGCAGUUCUAUGUGGACUAUGUCAACAGUGGCCAUGUGACUGCUUAUGGACCAGGACUCAUCCAUGGGGUGGUCAACAAGCCAGCAGUCUUCACUGUAAAUACAAAAGAUGCAGGAGAAGGAGGCCUCUCCCUGGCCAUCGAAGGUCCCUCUAAGGCUGAGAUUGGCUGCACGGAUAACCAGGAUGGCACUUGUACAGUGUCCUAUCUUCCAGUUCUGCCUGGUGACUACAAUAUCUUGGUGAAAUACAAUGACAAACACAUCCCAGGAAGUCCCUUCACUGCCAAGAUCACUGGAGAUGACACGAUGCGCAUGUCCCACCUGAAAGUGGGUUCUUCUGCUGAUAUUCCCUUGAACAUCACCGAGACAGACCUGAGCCAGCUGACCGCCACCGUGAUCCCACCCUCUGGACGUGAGGAGCCUUGUUUGCUCAAGCGCCUACGCAAUGGGCAUGUGGGCAUUUCCUUCGUCCCCAAAGAGAUUGGAGAGCACAUUGUCAACAUCAAGAAGAAUGGGUUGCACAUCCCCAACAGCCCUAUUACAGUGAUGAUCAGCCAGUCAGAAAUUGGAGAUGCCAGCCGUGUCAGGGUCUCUGGCCCAGGCCUCAGUGAGGGACGGACUUUUGAACCUUCAGAGUUCAUCAUUGAUACAAGAGAUGCUGGUUAUGGUGGGCUGAGCUUGUCCAUUGAAGGCCCCAGUAAGGUUGACAUCAACACAGAGGACCUAGAGGAUGGUACUUGCAAAGUCACCUAUUGCCCAACCGAGCCCGGCAACUACAUCAUCAACAUCAAAUUCGCAGACCAGCACGUGCCAGGGAGCCCAUUCUCCGUGAAGGUGACAGGAGAGGGGCGAAUGAAGCAGAUGAUCACACGGCGCCGCAAAGCUCCUUCGGUUGCUAAUAUUGGCAGCGAGUGCGACCUUAGUCUGAAAAUUCCAGAAAUCAACAUCAGAGACAUGACUGCUCAGGUGACCAGCCCCUCCGGCAAGUCCCAUGAUGCGGAGAUCUUGGAGGCGGAGAACAACACGUACUGCAUCCGCUUUGUACCUACGGAGACGGGCAUCCACUCAGUCAGCGUCAAAUACAAAGGGCAGCAUGUUCCUGGAAGUCCCUUCCAGUUUACUGUGGGCCCACUUGGCGAGGGGGGAGCACAUAAGGUGCGGGCAGGUGGCCCAGGCUUGGAAAGGGCUGAAGCCGGCGUGCCAGCUGAGUUUAGUAUUUGGACACGGGAGGCAGGUGCUGGCGGCCUUUCCAUUGCUGUGGAAGGCCCCAGUAAAGCAGAAAUUGCUUUUGAGGACCGGAAAGAUGGAUCAUGUGGUGUUUCCUACAUUGUGCAAGAGCCUGGCGACUAUGAGGUUUCUGUGAAGUUCAAUGAUGAGCACAUCCCAGACAGUCCCUUCAUUGUCCCAGCCACCUCCACCUCCGACGAUGCCCGCCGCCUCACUGUUUCUAGUCUUCAGGAGUCAGGGUUAAAAGUGAACCAGCCAGCCUCGUUCGCCGUCAGCUUGAACGGGGCCAAGGGUGUGAUUGAUGCCAAGGUGCACAGCCCCUCAGGGGCCCUGGAGGAAUGCCAUGUCACCGAAAUCGAUGAAGAUAAAUAUGCCGUGCGCUUCAUCCCUCGUGAGAAUGGCAUCUACUCUGUGGAUGUCAAGUUCAACGGCAGCCACAUUCCAGGCAGCCCCUUCAAGAUUCGUGUUGGGGAACUGGGCCAAGCGGGAGACCCAGGGAUGGUGUCUGCCUAUGGGCCUGGCUUAGAAGGUGGUGUGACAGGAAGCCCUGCCGAAUUUGUAGUCAACACCACAAGUGCUGGUCCUGGGGCACUGGCCGUCACCAUUGAUGGACCCUCCAAAGUGAAGAUGGAUUGUCAAGAGUGCCCGGAGGGCUACAAAGUCAUCUACACACCCAUGGCUCCUGGCAGCUACCUCAUCUCCAUUAAGUAUGGCGGUCCAUACCAUAUUGCUGGCAGCCCUUUCAAGGCCAAAAUCACAGGUGCUCGACUUGUCUCCAGUCACAGCCUCCACGAGACAUCCUCAGUCUUCAUGGAUGGGGUGGCCAAACCUGAUGGAGCAGCACCACCCAAGUUUGCUUCAGAUGCUAGCAAAGUGGUAGCCAAAGGGCUGGGCCUCAGCAAGGGCUUUGUAGGGCAAAAGAACUCCUUCACAGUAGAUUGCAGCAAAGCAGGGAACAGCAUGCUGCUGGUGGGUGUGCACGGUCCCAAGAUCCCCUGCGAGGAGAUCGUGGUGAAGCACCUGGGCAAUCGGCUGUACAACGUCACCUACCUGCUGAAGGACCGAGGGGACUACGUGCUGGUGGUGAAAUGGGGAGAUGAGCACAUCCCCGGCAGCCCCUUCCAUAUCUCUGUGCCUUAACCUUCUCCCCCGCCUGAUUGUAACACUGCCCCUCCUGAGCCCCCUCUGCCGUGCCGCUGCCUGCUGCCUGAGACACUACCCCUUACUUUACUGGGCAGGGUGUGUGCCAAUGAGGCUGGUGUUUAUGGGGGUGGGAGGGAGCAGGUUGCCCUUGGGAUUAGUGAGGGGGAAUUCCUGUGGAUCUGUUUACAUGCAGCACUAACUCUUUUCCAGCCAGUUUGUCCGUGACUUUCCUUUCCCCCAGUAUUGGGAGGCAGGAUUGAUCUACGCUUUCCUUGCCAAAGCACCGGCUUCGUGCCCAUGGACUGAAUUUGUGCCCCCUGGGUUUGCCAGAUGGGGGUCUUCCCUAUCAAAGCUGGCACCUGGAUGCUGUGUACGUGUAUCAGUGCCACCCACUGCUUGAGAGAAACCACUGCUCCCCAUGGAAUGGCAGACGGCCUGUCUUUCAUUUCUAGAUCUCCUGUCCCUUUUUACGGCUUGAGAUGGAAGCUCUGUUGAGAAUGGAUAACCUAGCCCUCACCAACCUGGGGCUCUCCAGAUGCACUGGGAUACACUUUCCAUCAUGGGGAUGGUGGGAAUUGUAGUCCUUUGCCACUGAAGGGCACCCAACUUGAGGUCAUCCAAGAUAAACCAGUGGCAGGAAUUGCUCCUUGCUUCGCCAGUUUAUAACCAAAACCUUGUUUCAUCCUUCCGAGAUUCCAAGUCGUCGUUGUGCACAAACACCAGGCCCUUCUUCUGAAGAGGGAAGGGAAUAAAAAGAUCUUGCUUCAAAUGGC